UCUCCCAACUACUACCGGGUUUUUCUCCGCGGAUCUCCGGGGAUAUAAGAGGCUGCAUCUUCGCGCGCUCUGCAGUUGAGUUCCUUAGUCUGCAUUGGAACGUUUCCGCAAGAUGAACUUCCGAGUCGUCCUCCUGGUGGCGGUGGCGGCGGGCGUGUGCUCGGGGCAGGAGCAGCCCCUCCUGGGCCCGCUCCUCGACCUCGUCACUCCGCAGGAAAUCGAGCUGUUCAUGAAGGCGCCGAGCAUUAACCUCGACACCUGCAUCGGGAUCCUAAAGAAUGUUUCCAAGUGCAGGACGGGAGCCAAGCUGUUCUUGAACCUGGCUAACACUCUCUCCGACAGCGGGUUCAAGUGCAGCACGUGCAGCCCCGAGCACCAGUCCCUCAUUGACAGAACCUUGGCUAAGGUCAGAUCUAGUCCCGACUGUAGAACGUUUGCCACGGCCAUCGCUCACACCAAUCUGUGCUGAGUUCCUCUGUGAUAAUGAUUCUUUGUGAGGUAGAUUUACGGAUAAUAAAUAUAUGGAUAUUAUGA